UUAUGACAGAGCAUCAACAGAAUUCAAUUAGUUCGGCUGUGUUUGGGCUUCAAUCUUCCUUACAUAACCUCAAGCAACAAUUGUUCUGUCUUCAAAACAAGCCCUCUGAGGAGAUAAGAAAUAAGCCCAAUGAGCUUCAUGCAUUAGGAAAAGUUAAUCUUGAUAAAGCGCGUGAAGAAUUUGCUCAACAUAUUAACAUUAUUCGUAAUGUAUGCUCACAAUUUGAAACAGAAGUAUUAGGUGAUGUCAUGAAGAUGGGAGCAGGUGCUGAUCCUGCAUUUCGCAAACAUUUUACACAUCUCAAAGAACAAGCCAUGCUCGAAAGUACUGUACGACGCUUUAAAGAAACCUUGAAGCAAACAAAGGAAUACUUUGAUAAUUCAAUAAGAGAAAAGGAAGAAUCAAAAUUAAAGAUUGAGACCCAACGAUUAGAGAAAAUUGCACAAUCGAUGGGUUUAGUCACCUUUAUCGAUUCAACACAAAAAUUUGAGUCCGAUGUACCUAUUACGACAAUCACAUUGGGUGGAACAGUUAUAGUUGUUGAUAUUGAUAUUGAUAAUAUGGGUCGAAUCCUAAGAGCUAAAGUGACUUAUGUAUCAGAAGGAUUACAAAAUGAUAAGGACGAUAGAGUAGAUGCUAUGCUAGCAGAAAACCUUCAAAAACGUCAAUUCGAAUUGUUUAAACGUAAUUUGGGUAGUUUAGCUCUUUUAGAUCAACUUAAUGUAAAAUAUAAUCCAACAGAUUUCUUUUUGAUCACAAAGAAUUUAUUUAAUGACUUUGUCACUAUAUAUCAACAAGAAAUAUCAAUGGAAUCUGAUGCAUCUGUUAUUUUGUUAGAAGGACAUGGUAUCCCUACUUUUCACUUGGGAUAUCCUGGGAUUUCAAUUGCUUAUUGGAUGAAUAAAGAACAAAUAAAGUCAAUAGAUUGGGAAGAAGUGAAGACAUCUUUAUUUGAUAAAUCUCAAAGUCAUCCUUUAUUGUCAUUGGCGUCUAGAGUAUUAAUCACCUUUGAAGACUCUAUCCAACUCAUGUAUUAUUUACCUACUCAGUCAAGAACAUCUUACUUGCUUGGAUUUGAAGAAACAGAAGAAUCUAUCAAUAAUGAACAAUUCACAAUUGUAACAGAAACAACUGCACCCAUUUAUAUGCCUCAACUACAUUAUUUAAAACCUUUACCUAGUCAUCCUGAAGCAAAGCCUGUACCCAUUCGAUUUGUAAUGAUCCUAGACCCUCCUUUACCCGUAUCUGAUGAACUUUGUCAAAACUACUCAAUAUGACUGGACUAUUGAAUAUGGACGCAACA